GUCGGUCCUCUCUCCACCUCGUAGCCCAAAGCCUGGGUUAACCCAUCAUCCACUCUGUCUUCUUCGUCUUCUCUCUUCUUUCUCUCUCUUCUUUCUCUCUCUUCUCUGUGGCUGUUCAGUUCGAGAAAAAAAGGGAAUUCGGUGGAUCCACUUUUCUCUUUCGUCUUCCUAAAGGGAUAAGUCUCAGCUUUCUUCUGCUAAUAUAUUUAUAUAGAGAGUAGGAGAAGAGAGGAUGUCGAGUGGGCAGAACACCCAUUGGUGUUAUAGAUGCAGAAGGUCAAUACGUCUUUGUGGUCGAGAUGCAGUUUGCCCCAACUGUAAUGGAGGAUUCAUUCAAGAACUUGAUGACAUGGUGCCUGGAAACCCGUUUGAUUUCUUUGGUCUGGAUCCUGAUGAAGACCGUGAUCAUGGGCUGGGAGCGUUCUCUGCUUUUAUGAGACAACGGUUAGCCGAAAGAAACGACAUGAGGGGAAGAUCAGAGUCACUUUUUGAGCGUAACCCAGGAUUUGGCCCUCUAUUAAUAUUUGGUGGUCAAAUUCCUUUGAGAAACCGUAGGCUAGAAGCUUUCUUCAAUGGGGCUCCUGGCAUUGGAAUUACACGGGGUGAUAGUGGUGACUACGUCAUAGGCCCUGGACUGGAGGAGCUAUUCGAACAGCUUUCGGAAAAUGGUCAUCGUGGUCCUCCACCGGCAUCUAGAUCAUUGAUUGACGCUAUGCCAACGGUUAAGAUCACGCAGCGACAUCUUCGCUCAGAUUCACAUUGUCCAGUUUGCAAAGAAAAAUUUGAACUGGGAUCUGAAGCAAGGCAGAUGGCCUGUAAUCACAUGUACCACUCAGAUUGUAUAGUUCCAUGGCUGGUUCAGCACAACUCUUGCCCUGUCUGCCGCCAGGAACUGCCACCACAGGUAAUGGGGGGCGAGGGCCAUAACACCAACAGUCAAAACCGAAACAACAGCUACAACAACAAUGGCAAUGGCUCCUCCAGGGUUAAUCCAGGAAGGCGUAAUCCAUUCUCCUAUCUGUGGCCAUUUCGGUCAUCGAAUUCUAGCUCCAACCACGGUGGAGCGGGGAGCAGUGAAUCGAGGGACCACCAGAUGGGGUAUUCGGGAUAAUCAAUACACUAGUUUUUCACCAUGAAAUUCAGAUUUGAAGAUUGUUUGUAGUAAAACUGGGUGAAUUUUGUCUCUAAAAUACAUGGGGGCUCCAACUUUGUUUGAAGAAGAUACACAGUAUUGUAUUUUUUGUAAAAUUUUCCUAUGUAAAUGACCUUUAAUUUGUAGCUGCUUAUUUCUUAUGUUUUUCCUUCA